AUGGAAACUAAGUUACAACAGAAUAUCAAUAACUUUAGACAUCAUCUUAAAGUAAAAAAACACAAUACAUUUCAGAGGGACUUUAAAGACUUUAAAAACAGAAGAAUCUUUAGGCAAUCGAAUAAGUAUCCAAGGCGCCGAAACAGUUACUGUGGUUCCUCAUCUGGUGAGACUGAUUGGUCCGAUCAGGACCAGCCGUCACAAACCAGACGUAGAUCUCCACCCAAACGCAACAUUGACCGCACAAGAGAUUCGAAUUCUCAUUCAAGCAAUAAUAAAAGUAUCUUAAAGAACUCAGAUAAGACAGUGUCAUUUCUUGACAUCCCGAUCCCCAUUGAUACUAACAAUCCUCACACUUCCAUUACUCCUUCAUCAAAUCCUUUUUUAGAGCAGGAGCAGCCCCGACAACAACGGGGUCAAUUGAGAGACAGGGAUCGAUGGGCAUACAAGAAUCAGAGCUGCACUCCAAGACAAUAG